GCGGUGGCGGCGGGGCGGCGGCGGGCAUGUGGCGGGCGGUGGCGGGGGGGCGCCGGCUCUGGCGGCCUCUCUCCGCCGCGGCGGGGGGCGCCCUCCUGCCGGAGCCGCGGCCGCCGGGGCUCGGGACUCCCCGUGGGGGCGGCGCGGCGGCGCGGGGCGCGGGAGGCGGCGGAGCCGGGGCGCUGGGGGCGGCGGCGGAGCGGCGCCAGGCGGCAGAUACUGUUCUUCCGAAGUUCAACAUUGAAUUUGUUGUAGCUCUGCUGAGGCAAGAAAAUGCUAAAGACAUCUGUGUCAUCCAGCUACCUCCAGAAAUUAAAUACUCUAAUUAUUUUAUAAUUGUGAGCGGAUCUUCAACACGACACCUCCAUGCAAUGGCACAUUACAUGCUGAAAAUGUACAAGCACCACAAAGAAGAAAGUGAUCCUCAUACUCAAAUUGAAGGGAAAGAGACAGAUGACUGGCUGUGCAUUGAUUUUGGUAGCAUAGUGGUGCAUUUCAUGCUGCCAGAGACACGAGAGGUUUAUGAAUUGGAGAAGCUAUGGACUCUCGGUUCCUACGAUGACCAGUUAGCCCAGAUGACUCGACAGUUACUGCCAGAAGACUUUAUAUUUGGAUUGACUCCUAACAGCAGUGAUCCAUCUCGAGACAAGAACUUAAUGCAGCUGCUGAGUGGAAAGACAGAUGAAAGAAACAUAGAACCUUGAUUUCUGACUCUGUGGCCACUGCAGUUGAUCAGUACAAUACAGUAUUUAUUGGAUGUGCCUAGGAAAAGUUCUGAACAAUCUACAAAAAGUGGUCAUAAUCAUAGAAUCUUUGCUGUUGGAGAAGACCCUUAAGAUCAAAUCCAACCAUAAAAAGUCAAAGAACUCCUCCUAUCAUAAGGGAGCUUCCUGGGCAAGUCACUGUCCCCGGGCAAGUCACUGUCUGAAGGGAGUUUGCAGUGAGAAGAGUGGGGCAAAGACACCUACUUACCCUGAAACUCAUGCUCAGCCUCUACAGUAAUUGUUUUUCUAGUAUCUUUGGAAGACUUGCCUGCAGUGGCAGUGCAAAAGAGGCCUGAGUGCUGCAAGGAAAAACUAUGUGAAAUAGUACAGUUUAGAUGAGGCUUCUUGGAUUAAGCCAUUUGCUUCUGGUCACGAUGAAGCAAGUCAUGCUCAGAGUUGAAAGAGGAGGUAAAACUGGUGUUACUGAGCACAUAAAAGCCAAAAGCAGCAUAACGUAAGUGUGUGUUAACAGACAGUAAGUCAGUUUUUCAGCCAAGGCAAAUCUCUUUUUAAUAAAUAAAAAAAAACCCUGAAGAGCUUCAA